AUGGCCAUCAGUUGUAACUUGAGGGAGCAGGCUACACUACAUGAACUGCUGCAUGCCCUGGGUUUUUCUGGACAGCUCUUCAAGAUGUGGCGAGAUUGUCCCUCAGGACUCAGUGCUAGAGAGAAUUGUUCUACGAGGAAACAGGUGACCAGACGAGAUGAACAGGGACAACUGCUUCUCACCACUCCAGCUGUCAGCCGCAGCCUAGCCAAACACUUGGGGGUGCCCGGGACUUCCCUGGGAGUUCCUUUGGAAGAAGAGGGCUCUUUGUCUUCACACUGGGAGUCCAGAUUACUCCAGGGCUCUAUAAUGUCCGCUACCUUCAGUGGUGCCCAGCACACUCGACUUGACCCAAUAACCCUUGCUGCCUUCGAAGAUUCAGGCUGGUAUCAGGUCAACCACAGUGCCGCAGAAGAACUUUUGUGGGGCCAGGGCUCUGGCCCAAACUUUGGCCUGGUGAACACAUGCAGGAAUGGAUCCUCAGACUUCUUCUGCACUGGCAGUGGGCUGGGCUGUCACUACCUGCACCUGGACAAGGGAAGGUGUUCCUCAGACCCAACGCUAGAAGGCUGCCGCAUGUACAAACCCUUAGCCAAUGGAAGUGAAUGCUGGAAGGAGGAGAACGGACUCCACACCAGAGUGGAGAACUCCCACGGGGAGAUCUACCAUAUGCACAGCCGUUGCUUCCUUGCCAACCUUACCUCCCAAGUGCUCUCCAAAGACACCAGCCAACCCUCAACAACUCCGUAUCUCGAGGAAGAUCCCACAGGCUGUUGCUAUUUACAUCAGUGCACCCACAAGGGAACCUACGAGGUGCAAGUGGAGGGAUCACCGUGGAUUCCCUGCCUUCCGGGAAAGUUUGUUCAGAUACCUGGGUACUACGGUCUUCUCUACUGUCCCCAAGGCCGGUUGUGUCUGAGUGAUGAAGGUGCCAGUGUUGCCACUUCUCAACCGAUGACCUUUACAACCCAAGCCCUGCUAUUCCAGCUGUCUCUAAGAUUAACGGGGACCCAAAGCUACUCUCUGGGGAAAGGACAGAGAGAGGAGCUUGCUGAAGUAGUGCUGCAGGCUCUGGUGACAAGAACUGGCACUAGCAGGUGUUAUUUCCACAGUCCAUCCAUCACCACAAGCUUGGUGUUCACUGUGAGAAUGUGGAAGUCUCCUGGCUGCCGAGGGCCUUCCACUGCUAUGCUACAUACAACCCUGACCCUGAUUCUUCAGAAGAAACCCCUCCAAGUACAACAUGGAGAAGUCAUCUUUACCACAGAAUACAGCAAGCUGCGGACAUCCUUGGACCACAACCCCUCUCUGACUGAUCUACUUCUGUCCACUGGAUUCUGCCUACUGUUGCUAGUUCUGGUGGGUGCAUUGGGAACUUUGGCUUAUCAGAAACGAGCUACUCUCCAAGUGGCUCCGUCUACCACUUAACCAUCACAAGAGCUACAUUGGCACAAGAGAUCAGAUUAA